GUUUAGUGUACGGUGUUGAGGAGAAGUCAGGUCUUGUUUAUGUCGCCAGAGAUCUAAGAGAGUGAGGGUCGACCACAAGCAAUAUCAUCAUGCCUGUUAAAACAGAGAUGGCUGCGUUAGAUCCGCCUCCUCCAGCUAAUUCUGGACAGCCUGGGGUGACUCGCAGCCUGCUAUACAAUGGUUCAAGGUUCCAGGGACACCAGAAGUCCAAGGGACAGUCAUACGACGUGGAGGUGGUCUUACAGCAUGUGGAUGAAGCUAAUUCAUACCUGUGUGGAUAUCUCAAAAUUAAGGGCCUGACUGAGGAAUACCCUACGCUAACUACUUUCUUUGAUGGCGAAAUUAUUAGUGAAAAAUUUCCAUUCCUUACUCGAAAAUGGGAUGCAGAUGAGGAAGUCGACAAGAAACAUUGGGGAAAAUUUCCACCUUUCUAUCAAUAUACAAAAACCUUCAACUCGGAUACAUUUGACUACAGUGUUUUGAAGGACUCUGAACAUGUAUUUAUGAGAUGGAAGGAACAUUUUCUUGUUCCAGACCACACUGUUAAGGAUAUAAAUGGAGCUUCAUUUGCGGGUUUUUAUUAUAUCUGCUUCCAGAAGAGUGCUGCAACUAUUGAUGGAUAUUAUUACCACAGAACAUCAGAAUGGUACCAGUCCCUGAAUCUGACGCAUGUUCCAGAGCAUAGUGUCCAGAUUUAUGAGUUCAGAUAAAGGGUCUCAAAAGUGUAUUGCUACUCUCAAGGCUUAGUGCAUAUGUGAUUUAUAUUUUAUUCGUUCCUUAAAAAAUGUUUUAUUGGAAUGUUGCUGAAUUGUUUUAUAAGAGCUUUAUAGCUCUUGUAGUAUAAAUCAGCCUGUGCUGCAUCACCAGUGAAGAAAAACAGUGUAUUAGUUUGUUUCUAAAUACAUAAUGGUCCACUUUAUUGAACUGAGUUUAAAGAGGUGUGAUAUUUUUGUGUACUCUCUAAAUGUUAAUUAAGUUUUUUGCUCUGUAUUCAUAAAUAUAAUUUUCAUAGUGAAAUUACAAGACUGAUUUGCAUUGUGUUUUGUCAUUAUAGUGCCUUUUUAUUUUUUCAUAUAUUUUGAUUUGAACACUGUGGAUGAAACUAAUACAUCUUCAACUGUUUUUCUCUAAAAUGAACAGCAUUUCUUUAGUACUGUUUAUGCCAUUAUAAAUAUAUAAAUAUAUAGUAUAUAUAUAUUUUUCAUUACUUCAAUUGUGAGGUUGAUUAGGGACAGACAUCUCUAACAGACCAAUUCCUUGUCGUGUGGCUAUAAUGAUGUGAACUGGUUGAGAAGUCACUGGGAUAGUAUUUGAUAUCACUGGUAUUGAUUAUUGUUAUUCAAAAUAAACAUGCAUUGCUUUUUGUAUGAAAACAGAUUAAACUUUUUUAUUUUUUUUUUCAGUUUAGAAAAUUCAUUUUUUUUUUAAUCCUAAAUUGUAUUCAGUAACUAGUGGCAGGUUUAUGAUAAUUUGUUCUAAUUAAUUUCAGAGGCAAUGUAUAAUAGGAUAUUUGGCUAACAGUUUGUUGCCACAGUAUGGACAAAGCAGUUGUCAGGAGCCCAUUUAGGAACCCAUGGUCAUUCUCACUAUUAUGUCAGGGACUUGUGAGAGAAUUAGAUAUUUUGUAAUUUAUUUCUGAAGAAUGUAGGAAUAGUAUUGAUUCAUAACAUUACAAAAACUUUGCUCUACAAGAAGUGUGAAUUAUAGAUGGUAGCUGGUUUCAGUUGCUGGGCGGUCAUACCUAACAACUGGUGGAGUUAUAGGAAUUAUUAAUACUUUAAAAAAAAAUGGUUAUAUUUUGAAGUUAAGUCUAGUUAAAUUCAGGAUAUGUAUCAUUAUUGUAACUGACAUUUUUAUCUUGGCAUUACGGUCUGUACCAUGCUAUUUAUAUUGAUACUCUUUGUUCUUUGUCUUUAUAAAUGUAUGCUCAUUUUGUCAAGCAAACUUUCUAAAACAGAUUAAGCCAUUGGCAAUUAUACCUGUUGCCUUUAUACUUCAUAAUCGUGUUUAUGGUUUCCUUACUAUUUAUACUUCCUUAAUUAUCGGUCAGUGCUUAGGUAUUACAGUAUAUAUCAGAUUUAUUUUGUAUUUCUUUUUUAAUACACUUCAUUAAUGAAAAUUUUAUGGAACGUGUAUUGUUAUUCUAUUUUUUGUGUACAUGAAAAAAGUCAGAAGCCAAAUACCAAAGGAUUGUAAAGCUAUAGGUUGUUUAUUUCAUGUUUUAAUGAAGGCAAAUCUGCUUUGCUAUCCUUUGUGAAGAUGUGUUUUUUGUAAAACUUUGUGUCACCGGAGUGUGUUGUAUUCUUGCAUAUUGAUAUGACACUAAAUAUCAAAAUUUAGUUUCAAGUCAGUUACUUAGUCAUUAUUGAUUUUUGACCAUUUAUUCAUUGUAUUUAGUAGUUAAUACAUGUAGUCUUUCCAACAUUAACACUGCUGAAAGUCAAGCAAAUAGCAGUAUUUUCAGCAUACCAAAGUAUUGUAUAGUAACACUUCAUUACUAAUGAUGAAACCGGUGGUUGUUUUUGGUCAUAUUAGAAGUGUGUCUGCAAGUGUGAAUCGGUUUUGUGUGAAACCAGUUAUUUGAAGUUUUUUCGUAUAGAAUGAACAUAUAAUUGCAUAAUAUGGUAAAUCAGCAGGAAAACUAGGCACAAUGCAUGCUGUACUUGCAGUACGUACUUUGUUUACCACUAAAUCAUGAACAGUACAAUAUAAUUUUGUGCUAUUGGUCAAGGUUGGUUUACAAAGCUCAAAUUUUAUUUUUUUUAUAGUUCAUUGGGGCAUGCUACUAACAAAAUGCAACUGGGCAGAGUAUGUUGUCAAAGUUUUAAGGCACAUAAUUGUAAUGACCAGUUAAAAAUUGUGCUGUUUAAGGAAUUUGUGUUAAACUCAAAUAUCCAAUAAAUUUAUUUGUGGUUCA